AUAUAGCAACAGAGCCCAUCUUCCUCCUGACCUCUGGAAAACGAUGGACGUGCAGCUUCCUUCUAAAUUUAGACACUUAUUCGUGUCUGUGCACUAUGAGCUCCAAACUGCAGUUCUUGUUCAUGUCAAUAGUUUAGGCCUAGUUCGGUCGAAACGAGGUGACAGACCCUCGCGGGUCUCCGUUGAGCAGCAACUAUGAGCGGCAGCUCGAUCUGACGGACACGCACCAUCGUGGUAACGGCACCUUUCAUGUUUACGCGGCUCAGAAACAGACGUAAUGGCGCAGGGGAAUAAUAGUAAUUUUCUAACUAUCCCCUCACAAGAGGGGCUUUUCAGGACGGUGAGGGUCGAGCGUUCCGAAGACAACAGCAAUGACGAAGAUGAGGAAGAAGCGGAGGAAGACGUCAGGCUAAUACCGAGGUGUUCUCCUGUUCCCAGAAAGCGAGGCUCGUCGAUUGCGGAUGAAACCGCCGAGUACAUGCGAAUUCGCCUGGUGUUAACGAACAGAAGAGUGUCGUUUGCAGACAGUACGGGAGCCGAGCUGGUUGAUGUCAGAAUGUUUGUCCCGUUUGAUUCAGAUGACGAGGACGAGUCGAGAUGGGAGGAAGAGGAGGCUCGGUACCGAAAAGCCUACCGUGAGCCCACUUACCGUGUGUGGCCAGAGUUCCAGCCGCUCACAGGGGCAGAGCUCAUGCUCGCAGUCCACACCAACAAGCUGGAAGUGGAGAGCGUGACAUCUGUGCCAGAUGAGCCUCUGUCGUUUGAGGUGCUUAUUCGUGUGCUCAACAUUUCGUUUCACAAAUCAGUCUAUGCCCGCUCCACGAUGGACGGUUGGAUCAAUCACUUUGAUUAUCCAGCCGAGUACGUCCAGGGCUCCAACGACGGCGAAACGGACAAGUUCUGCGUGAAGCUGGCCUUCGCUUCACCGUACCUGUUCAACGGAGCGCGGGUUGAUUUUGUUGUGCGAUAUGAGACGCCGGAUGGAGAGUUUUGGGCAAACAACUCUGGUAGGAAUUACUCGGUAACUCUCUUACAGUCAUAUGAAGACGACACAGUGCAGACCCCCACAGCGGACACAACUGAGCUGAGAGGAAUCCUAAAACCUCCCAGGUACCGAGCUGACAUUGGUUAUGAUGACUCAAACGACAGUGGAGAUGCAGAUCUGAGCACUACGUGUGAAGCAGCGGAGAAUCAAGCGUCUUUUGCACAGCCGGUUAUAAUUCAGCCAGAGAUCGAUAUCGAGACUGCCAAGAAUUUGUCCAGUUCUCCAGAGUCCACCACAACAUCCUCCACAGCAGGAUGUCCGCUGUCCACUUCAGAUACUCCCCUUGGAGAACCACUUGCACAAGAGUCAACGUCAUCCAAUAAUUUACCACAAACAGAAGAGCCUGGACUUCAGCCGCCAACAGAGCAGUUCUCUAAGCCACAAGAUCAAGUCUAUAAUGCUGGCCCUUCCUUGUCUCUUCCCCUUCCUGAAGUCCUCAUACACCAUUGUGAUCACCCAGAGACAACCAAGGAUGAAUUUGAGGAUUCCAGUAAACCUGACCAAUCCCUUCACACACAGAAAGAAGAUUUCCACACUGAGAUGUUAGCGCAAGUGCCUUUCGAGUUAGGCCAACCAUCGCUGGCUGGGUUUCCAGACAUGCCACAAAUCCAGGUAGAAGGUAUGGAGAAAGAAGAUGUUGAGGAAAAGGAUGACACAUUGGCAUAUGUGCUAGAAGAACCAAGUAGGAAUGUAGAAGAAGAUAAAACAGGGAGUUGCUUUCACAUGUUGGAAGAAGCCAAUCAGCCUCCUUCAUCAAAGGAGGUAAACAAUGCAACUGAAGUUGCGGAGAAGCUCAAUUUGUCAGAGGAAGGAAUUCAAGAACAGAAAGUAGAAUCUGUCUCUUCGGUCCAAGUUGAGAUCACCAAGAUGGUUGAGGUGGAAAGUACCAAGGUGGAUGAUGAGGAAACAGAUGGUUUGGUGGCUUCCUGUUUGCCUCAUUUUGGUCCCACAAGACAGGACAACGAAUCCCAGAUUUUACUCAGCCAUCCAGCCUCUGAUAAGCCGGCAACCAUGCAAUGUCUGCAAGAGGAAGAAGAACUUGUCAUGGAUCCGAGCAUGUUGGCCUCAGUCCUUCCUGAGGAUCCAAACCUUGAUAAUCAAACUAUUUCCAAGUGUAUUCCAGAGCAUCCAACAAGCAAACAAGCAGAAAAUCCAGAGCUGAUCAGCAUUUCUGAAACAUCACCAACAGCCUUCGAUCUUCAGCUUUCAACUGUUAACUCUUCAGCAGAAGAUGAUUUAAAUUUUGAGGGUGAUGAAACGUCUAUUGCUCCAUACCAGACAUGUAAAGACCCUGAAACCCAGCACACACUGCCAAGACCCGGCACUGAACUAUCUCAAAUAUCAAAAGAUCACACUGAGGUUACUCUGGACACGUGUCUGAUUGUCUCCGCGACCUUCUUCACUGCUGUUAUUUGCCUGGCAGUUGGGAUUCAAGAGCCCAGUGCUUUUCUGUGUGUGGGAUUAUUCCUGUUGUCCCUCUGCUUCUAAUUUCUAUGCCAGUUUUCUCCAUCUGUUUCUUCUAAAAAGCCUUAAGACUUUACCUUCUUCCUCUUCCCCCAGUGCCUUCAGGAAUUCCAAAAAAUAUUUACAUGCAAACAGAUCUGGUGUUUGUGUUUAUGUGGUUGUAAAUAGAGUAAAAUAAAGUGUUUUCAGAUUUAGGAGUUGAGCUUCUGCUUGAUAUACAGUGCCUUGCAAAAGUAUUCAUACCCCACAUUUUGUUAUGAUGCAACAUUGUGUUAAACUGCUUUAAAUAACUUUUUUCCCCACAUCAGUCUACACUUAAUUCACCAUAAUGACAAAGCACAAAACAGGUUUGUAACAACAAAAAUAAAAAAAAACUGAAAUGAUUUUAAUGCAUAAGUAUUCAUUUCUGGGACACUUGAAAUUUAGCUCAGGAGAACUCAUAUUGCUUGUAGAUGUGACUACACUUUGAGUGGAGUUAAACUGUGGCAAAUUCAUAUGAAUGAGUGUAAUUUGGAAAGGCACAAACCUCUCAGAAAAGGUCCAACAGCUGAAAAUGCAAAGGAACUGCCUGUAGAGCUCAAAAACAGGUUUGCAUCAAGGCACAGAUCUGGGGAAGAGUUCAGAACAAAAUUCUGCUGCAUAGAAGGUUCACAGAAGCAUGUAUCCAUAAUGAAAGACACCGAGCACCAAACAACGAGGACUCCUAGAGCUGGCCUCCUGGCCAAACUGAGCAAGUGAUGGAGAAGGGGCUUGGUUACACUGGUUAUAUAGCUGAUGGUCACUCUAGUUGAGUUACAUGAUCAUAUAUGCAGAUGGGAGAAACUUACAGAACAAACAUCACUGCAACACUCUGAUCUGGUCUUUAUGGCAGUGCGGCCAAACUCAAUCCUCUCCUCAGAGAAGACACAUGAAAACACACUGGGUAUUUAAAAAAAAAGCACCUAAAAAUUCUCCGGUCUGACGAACGUCAAUUCCAAGCAUCAUGUUUGAAGGAAACAAAGCACUGCUCAUUACCUGCGAAGUACCAUCCCAAAAGUAAAGUGUGCUAAAGUAAAGGGAUUGAAGGACUCAUCAGAGUAGAAAGAAAGCUCAGUGCACCAAAAUAUUGAGAUAGCCUUAAUGAAAACCAAGUCCAGAGCAUUCAGAACCUCAGACAGGGCUUGUUCACCUUCCAACAGGACAAUGACCUUAAGCAUACAGCAAAAGUGGCUUAUAGGCAACUCUGUGAAUGUCCUUGAGUAGCCCAGCCAGAGCCUUGGCUUGAACACAGUCUGAAAUUGUCUGCCAGCCCCCAUCCAAGCUGACAGAGAGGUUAAGAGUUGAGGCGAAGUAUAGAUGUGCAAAGACUUAAGGCUGUAAACGUGCUUCACCUAAGUGUUGAGUUAAGGGUAUGAAUACUUAUGCAAUGUGCUUACUUCAGUGUUUAAUUUUUAAUAAAUUUGUAAAGUUGUCACAAAUCUGUUUUUGCUUUGUCAUUAUGGUGUAUGGAGUGUAAACUGAUGUGGGGAAAAGGUAAUUUAAAGCAGUUUAACAUAAGGCUGCAAGAUAAAACGUGAAAAAAAAAUGAAGGGGUAUGAAUACUUUCGCAAGGCACGGUAUUGUGCAUUAUUAAGAUUUCCAGUUUAAAAUCUGCAGUGGUUUAUUUACAGCCAAAAAUAAUAGUUUGAAUAAGCAAUGUGUGUUUUAGCUAAAUGACAUCACUGUGUACCUCAUAUAUGAUUGGCCAUUGGAACGUGACUCAGCUCAUUGAUUCAUACUUACCAAAAUGUGUUUGUUUUGUGAGUCUCUCUCUAUAUUAGAAUAUAGUAGCUACUGAAGAUUAUAUUUGGUUCUUUUGGAACAUUCUUGGGAGUCAUUUGUGAGUGGAAUGUCUUGAUGGUGCGCGUACGUGUGAUAAGAAAUGCGGUGAGACUGGACAAACGGCGCAGGUGAUUUUAGAGCAGAAAAGUUUGAGUUUUAAGUUUUGUUAAAUCUAAAGUUUUACUUAUACCACAGUGUGUUUUAAGUGAGGAGUUAGUCUGUGUAGACGUCUAUGAACUAAGCAGAGCAUUUAUCUAGGUAUGAAAUGUUUUAAGACACAAGUUUGUAUGUUUAUUCACUAAAUUUCACUGUGAAGGUGCAUUUGAUGUUAUACGUGAUUAUUUUGUGACUUUGCACAUGUGCUGUCUACUUAAAAUGAGUAAAUGUUAAGCUUGAAGAGGAUGAAAUUCAACACCGCUCUGCUUAAAAGAAACACUUAAACUUACUAACCUUGCUCAGCAGACAAGUGUACAGCCUUUUGCAGUGAUCUUUAAAAGCGUGCCCCAAGCCCCUGAUACCCCAAAAGGUCACGCAUUGCGCUGAAGUCACGGCAUCAGGUUACCGGGUGACUAAACACCAUUGUAGGCAGAGGACAGAACUGUUCCUUGAAGAAAUCUUUUACCCUUGAUUCCCUUCUUCCAAAACCUGACACAAAGAUAUUGAGUCAGUCACUUAUUUUAUUACUUUGUCGUCUCACUGAAUUGUGCAAACAAGGUUGUGAACACAUUCUGUUCUCAAUAAUGAAAUAUUCACGUUUUAUCAUGUCUAUGUCGAAGUAGAAAUAAAAGUUUAUAGUUGAUAAAAACGGAUCUGUUUAUUUCACAGCUUUGUUUUGUGUACAGCCCUUCACAUAAAGAUCAUCAAGCUUGCUGUUAACAAAAAUGUGAAAUGAAUUAAACUUUGGCAUUGAACAGUUAUAUUCAGAGCAGUGGAACUCAUGAUAUCUUUAAUAAACAAGAACAGUUUGUUGCGCAUUCAUGAA